CUCCAUUCACCUCUCUCUCAUCUCUCUCCCAUUCUAUUCCACUCCGAUUCUCGAUUCAUCCGCGGCCGAUUCUUCGAAAAUGCCGAAAGAAAUCGGUGAUUCGACGGACAAACACUCGAAAACCUGCGUCGUUUUGGGCGGCCGGGGAUUUAUCGGCCGCGCAUUGGUGGAGCGCCUGCUCAAACUCGGCAAUUGGAUCGUCCGAGUCGCCGAUUCUCACAAGUCUCCGGAGCUCAAGCCUACAGAGCCGCUCCUGACCGAUGCGAUCGCCUCCGGCCGCGCCGCUUAUUUCCAGGUUGAUGUGCGGGAUAAAUCCCAAAUCGUGGAAGCUUUGAGAGGAGUAUCGGUUGUAUUUUUUACUGACUCUAUGGAUAUAUUUCCCCAAGAUUUUUAUCUUUGCUACAAAGUAAUCGUUCAAGGUGCUAAGAAUGUAGUGAUGGCUUGUCGAGAAUGUGGAGUAAAACGGCUAAUAUACAACAGUUCUGCUGAUGUAGUUUUCGAUGAUGUACAUGACAUACAUGGUGGAGAUGAAUCCUUGCCAUAUUCUGGGCAAUUCUGGGAUAUGGUUGCUGACCUUAGGACUCAAGCUGAGGCGCUGAUCUUGUCUGCAAAUGGUGCUGACGACCUCUUAACUUGUGCGCUUCGUCCUUGCAACGUGUUUGGACCUGGAGACCCGCAACUCAUACCCUUGCUGGUGAAUAUGGCAAAAUCCAAUUGGGAUAAGUUUAUUAUAGGAAGUGGAAACAAUGUGUCGGACUUGACAUAUGUUGAUAAUGUUGCUCAUGCUCAUAUCUGUGCUGAAGAAUCUCUAAGUGCUCGGAUUGAUACUGUGUCUGGAAAGGCCUUCUUUAUAACAAAUCUGGAGCCAAUGAAGUUUCGGGAAUUUGCAUUUCUUUUCCUUGAUCGUUUGGGGCACCCGAGGCCUUUCUUUAAUAUUCCACCUCUCGUAGCUGAACACAUAUUUUCUUUAAUAAAAUUGCUUCAUCGGAAGUCAGACUUCAAAAAGCUUGAUUCUUCUAUCUCUAUUUACAAGUUAGCUUCAUGCACGAGGACAUUUAGUUGUCUUGCUGCUCAGAAACAUAUUAAUUACUCACCAGUUGUUUCCCUGAAGGAAGCGAUGACACUAACUGUUGAUUCAUUCUCCGACGUGGCCAUAGAGCCAAUUUUUAUGAGAUACAGAUGCAGCGAUGAACCAUCAAAAAUAGAAAAGCUGUUAGGCGGUGGACAAGUUGCUGAUAUUUUGCUGUGGCGUGAUGAGAGGAAGACCUUUUUAAGUUUUGCAUUGCUUGGUUUUAUGUAUCAUUGGUUUUUCCUGUCUGGGAAUACUUUUGUUUCAUCUCUUGCCCAACUACUGCUGCUAACCAUCAUAUUACUUUGUGGGCACCAUGUUCUACAGUUGUCUGGAUAUGGAUCCACAGUUCUUAGAUUACCACCAUCGUGUUUUGAAAUCUCAGAAGAUAAAGUGAGAAGCUUUUUCUUCGCGAUGAAAUGUAUGUGGGAUAAGGUGGAGUGCCUGAUCAAGUCAUUGGCUCAAGGAGAAGAUUGGCUUAUCUUUUUUAAGGUUGCAUCUUUCAUGUAUGUUUUCAAGUGGAUUGUUUCCCAGUACUUGGUCCACGCCAUUGGUCUUGCUUUGAUCUUUGUGUUCAGUAUGUGCUUCGUGUACGAACAAUACGAGGAGAAGAUUGAUGAGAUAGCAGUAAUCAUAUUCACGAUUGCCAGCAAGCUAACAAUCUUGCUGGCUAGCAAAUUGCCAAAACCUAACUCUAGCUACAAUCCGUUGACGGAGAAGGGAUCUAGCCGUAGUUUGUUAGAUGAAAGGCAAUAAGAUCUGGGUCACGCCCCGUCGUUUUGUAACCUUACUCUUGUAACUCUGUAACAACUUUUGUAGAUAUAUAGUUUAGCUUCUUUAGAUUACAAUGGUAUAAUACUAUCAUAGAUAUCCUAAGAUUUUGAAUCUCUUGCUUGAAUUCGUGGUGUCACUAGUAUAUUUCUUUA